GCAUUCCGUCGGCCGAGAAAGGCCACGGCGCGGUGGCGGCUGGCAGUGUUGUGCUGGGAGCCCGUGUGGGGGUGCGCGUGCUGUGAGCGGGUCGGCCGGGCGUGCCGUGUGCCGUGCUGCGAAACAGAGCGAGAGUGUGUCGUGGUGUGUGUUGCGAGCCUGCCACUAUGGAUCUCUAGGAGGCUGACCGCAGUCAGCUGGACAUUCCCAGAGCGCUCCCAGGCGGCCUGCUAUGAGCCGCGCCGGAGGCAGCGGGUCGUGCACCUGUCAUGCGCCCCAGAGCGGUGUCCCCUGUGGCCCGCUGUGCUGAACCCCUCUGUGACGGCCGGCGCUAUGUGGCCGUCCAGCUACUGACCCGGCAGAAGCUCUAUUUCUCCGUCGAUCCCAAGUGUCGUCUGACGGAGCUGUUCACCUGUGUGGCCGAACAGAUGUGUCUUCAAGGCAUGCAGGACCCCGACCUGUUCGGGCUCGCCGUCGUACUAGAUGGCGAGUACGUGUUUGUCGAUCCGGAAAACAAGAUCGGCAAAUACGCACCCAAGGCGUGGAAAGCCUCGCAGACCGAUGGCCUGGACAGCUCCAGGGAACCUCUUCUUCAGUUCAGCCUCCGCGUCAAGUUCUACGUCGAAUGUCAUUUUCUGCUAAGGGACCCGGUGAGUCGCCACCACUACUACCUGCAGCUGCGGGAGAACGUGCUGGUGCACCGGCAGUCGGCCUGCAGUCAGGAGGGAUGGCUGCUGCUCGCCGGAUGGGCGCUCCAGGCGGACAUGGGCAACUAUCCUGAGCACGCGUCGGCCGCGUACUUCCAGCCGACAGAGUACUUCCCCAAAUGGCUGAUCGCUCGGCUGGGUGUGGACGCCAUUCUGAGCGCCAUGCCGGCUGUGCACCGCGAGAACGCCAACAUGGCUGCGGGCGAGGCCGAGAUGGCCUACAUUCGGGAGGCGAGCUCCAUGGAGGCGCCUCACAACCUGCACAUCUACCGACUGAAGCGACGAAAGUCGGAUACGAACGGCAGUGUGCUGCUCGGCAUCUGUCCGAAUGGCAUCGAACUGUAUCAGGAGGAGAGGAACAACAGUCGGAAAUUGAUGGCCUCCUUCGUGUGGACCAACAUCAGCAAACUCAGCUUCGAGAAAAAGAAGUUUGAGAUCAGCGCGCUGACGCAGAAGUUUACGUUCUACACCAACAACGAUGAGAAGUCGAAGCACCUGUUUCACCUCUGCAAGCAGAUUCAUCUGUUCACUCAGUCGGUGAAGGAGCGGCUGGCGGCGCUGAGGCAGAGGACGGAGGAUGAACGGCGAAGUCUUGGGGGCUCUCUGCAGUACACAGGAGGCCUACACUCGGGCUGGGAGUACCUGCACAAGUCCGGCAAGAGCAUUGACCAGCGUGUCUCGGUCAUCUCCAACACGUCCUCCAACACGACGUCCGGCAUCGUCUCCGACCGCACCGUUCAGAGCCUGGACGAGAGCGACGAUGACAUCCACCUGGAGACGCUGGUUAGCUCUGCGCCGGCCGAGUCGGUAGAGAGCGGUAUGGACUCGCUGACACGCUCCCUAUCACAGCUGGAUGCCGCGUCUCUCCGCUCCUCGCAGAAAUCACCAGCAGACGACUCCAGCUCCCCGGCAGCUGCCGCCAAGGCUCCCAGCCCGGUGCUGGCCGCAGCCAGCGGCUCCACCAGCGCUGACAGCUCGCCGUCGUCGGCCGGGGCGGCGCCGGAUGUGUCCCGCGCCGGCAGCGCACACAGCUCCUCCUCGCAGCACUCCUCGUCCACGGUGCGCUCUCGCUACUCGCUCACCAAGCUGACCGCCCACCAGACGGUCGAUAUUGACGGCGAGCGGGACGAGUCUUCAACCCGCGGACGGUUCGCCGCGCCGUCAUCCAACUGCUGCAGCACCUGCGUCGAAGACGACGCAGCCUCCGACGAUGCGACUUGUGACGAGACACGUGAACGGACUCGGCAGUGCGCGUGCGGUGCAGCCGCCGACGGCGCGAGUCUGGCCUCUGGGAGCACCCUGUACACGCUCCAGAGUGAUUCGCCUCGUGUGCGACAUGCCGCUAGCGGCUCGGAGACCCUGAGCCGCUCGCAUCGGUCGCAGAGCAGUGUGGCUAGCACGGCCGAUUCGACGCGCGCGGUCGACAGUGAUGUGCCCGGCGAUGCGUCUGUGUACGAGUACGCGUCGACGGAAUACGCGUCCACAGAGGGUGCUCCAGAGUACGUGGACUUUUACCGACCGGCGGCGGCCGAGGCGGCGGCGGCGGCUGCGGCGGGGGACAGUGUCAAUGGCAACACCGCUUCAGCGGCAGCAUCAAACGGUGGAGCGACCACGCUCGACUACGGCGCUCACUCUGUGCACACAUCAGUCGGCACCAUCGUCACCACCCCGGGCACAUUCCCCCGCAAGACGACCGUGUCUGACACUCUGGACACUGACAGCGACUACGUUCAGGUGCCCUACGACCGACUGGGUCAGUUCCGACUGCCCGAACCGACCGGCGGCGUGGCCAUGGAGACGGUGACGACAGUGACGCCGUUCUGCCUGGCGCAGUCGUGUCAGACGGCGGACGCCGAGGAGGCGCCGCCGCCGCCUCCGGCCGCGCCCGCUGCGCCGCGAGUGGUGUCCGUCCCGGCCGCCUCCGCGCCGCCCUCUACUGAAGCCCCUGCUCGGUUCAUCACCACCAAGCCGAUGGUGACCGUGUUCCGGGCGCACGUGACGCCGGCCGUCACGCAGAGCGCGCGUUACGCCGGUGUGCCGGCCCGGCCGCGUGUCACCACGGCGGCUGCGGCUCCGGCGCGGCCAAAGCCUCUGUCCGUUCACCCGGAGGCUCUGCUGCGCUCCCUCAGCCACGAGGCUGGUCUGGUGAUCGGAGGUAACAACUAUCUGGACGUUCGGGCUUCCCACCCGGCGCUGAGCUCGGCGCUACGACCCGUGGAGCCUUCACCAGCGACCGCGGCGCCUGCCCGGCCGGCCGGGCCCGGUCUGGCCACCGUCUACAUCAACCAGGUGACGCGCUCUCAGAUCGAGCAGUUCCAGCGACAGCUUCUCUCAGACGCCGACUACGUGAUCUACCCUCUGAAGGACCCAGCCAUCAGUCGCCAGGAGUACGUGGACGCGCGUCACUGCAGUCUGGUGGCGGGUGGACCGCCUGCCGGCCUGCCGCCGCCCCCGCCGUAUCGCGCGCCUCACACGGCAGCUCACUACCGCAGCUCUCCAAACGUAGCCGGUCCGUACGCCAGUACGACGCUUGUGCCUCCGCCAGCCGGGCCAUAUGCCGUCUCUGCCGGUCUGGCGCCGCACUUUGGCUCUACUCAGGCUCUCUCUGAGCGACUGGACGGUCUGCGUCGCCCCAAACACCACCUGAGCUCGCACUCGCUGGCGUCGUCAGCGAACAGCGGCGAGCCGGUGCCGGCGCCGGCUGACAGCGAGCUCCUGCGCGCUGCCCUGCUGGCCGGAGGACGGCGCAGCAGCGGAGUGAUGAGAGCCAAGUCGGAUGAUAAUCUGCUGUCGUCGACUGCGGCGGCGGAUCGGAGACCCGAGCGACCUCCACCGCCCUAUUGGCAGGCCCAGACGCGGCUGCAGGGAGUGCCCAGUCCGUCCCUCAAUCAUCUGGAUCAGUCUACAGUGAUCCAACAGCACCAACUGCAGCAGCAGAAGCUGCAACAGCAGUACCAGCUUCAGCUUCAACAACAGCAACAACAGCAGCUCAGGCAAAAACAGCAGCAGCUGCAGCAAGAACAACUGAGACAGAAACAACAGCAACUGCAGCAAGAGCAGCUGAAACAGCAGCAACAACAGCUGCAGCAAGAACAGCUGAGGCAGAAACAGCAGCAACUGCAACAAGAACAACUAAAACAGCAGCAAGAACAGCUGAAGCAGAAACAACAGCUGCUCCAACAAGAGCAACUGAAGCAGCAGCAACUGCAGCUGCAACAAGAACAAAUGAAGCAACAACAACAACUAAUACAGCAGCAGUUGUUGCAACAGAAACUGAUACAACAAAAGCAGCAGCAACAAGCUCAGCAGCAGCUUCUUAGGCAGCAGCAGCAACAACAACAACAGCAGCAGCAGCAACAGCAGCAGCAGCAGCAGCAGCAACAGCAACAGCAACAACAGCAGCAGCAGCAGCAGCAGCAGCAGCAGCAGCAGCAGCAGCAGCAGCAGUCUGAGCAGCAGCUGGAGGAGCAGAUGCAGCAGCAGAAGCAGCAGCAGCAGCGGCAGACGUGGGAGAAACACCAGCUGCUGAUCCGACAGCAUCUGGAGCGUAUCCAGCAGCUGUCCCCGGCUCCAUCCGCCGGUGGGGCGGCCACCGCGCCCCAGACGGCCGACACCCACCCGCGGCUCGCGUCUGCCGCCAGUGAUGACGGCCUGGACAUCGACGGCCUGCGCGCGGCCAGCCACCAGAUGGACCUGCCGCUCAUCUCGGCGCUGUGCCACGACCGGCUGCUGCGCCGGCCGCCGGCGCCGCGGCCCAAGACCUGGCACGAGGCGGCCGGCGCGCCGGUGUCGGCGGCGGCGGCCGUCCCUCGCGCUCCGCCGGCGCACCCGGCCGCCGGCCAGCCGCUGCUCGCCAAACACAAGUCGCUGGGCCUGCCGGCGUUCCCUGAACAGCGGCGCGCGCCGGUGACGAGCGCGGCGGCCGCGCAGUUUGUGGCGGCGCUGGACCGCCGGGCUCCGGCCACUACCCACCGGCACCCACCCGUCCAGACCCCGGCCCAGUCGCAGCAGCUCAAGGCGGCGGCCAAACGCGACCCGCGCCCGGCACCCGUCCGGUAGUAGUGCCGCUGUCUGUGUCACUUGUGUGUAUGUGUGUGUGCAGGAGAUAGGUGAGACGCGGGCGGUGCGGCGCUCGCGGCGCAUGGCUGGCUCCAUGCGCCGUCGAGCGGGCCGCCCGCGUGCUGUUCGGUGUGGGUGUCUGCGCAGAGUCUCCUCGGGGCUCCCGCCGCUAUCGCCGCUCCCACCCGCUUAACCAACCCCACAAAAUCAGUCGAAAAUGUCCAGAGAAGGAAUAGUUAUUUUUAAAUAAGAUAAGAAAGCAAGUUUUACUCGGCCGUGUCAAGGAGCGUUGUUCCGUUCACAGCUUCUCAAGUGUUUUGAAUCUCUGGCUUUUUACCGGGUUUUGUGUGAGCGGUUUCCAUUGAGCGGCGCAGCGGCUGAAGUGGAGCCCCUGAGAGAGUCCUCGGCGGCUGAGCGGCCUCUCCGCCCUCCCCCUCCUCCCCACCGAUCCUUCCAGGCCAGUGCGGUGCCGGGCUGAUCUAGAGUCGCCGCGCGCCGCGUCACUAUUAGUGAUCCACCAAUGUAGGCAGUCCGAGCGGGACCAUCGGAUCACUGGGAUUGUGCGAGUGUAUUGUGAGCGUGUACAAGAAGAGUCGAACCUACUCGAAUGUUCGUUGAGUCAUAUUUGGUACCCAUGAGAUAGUGCUAUGGUCGUUUGUAAACUAUGUAAAUAUUGUAAAAAUGUAAAUAAGAAGAAAUAUUGAGUAUUGUUGCAUAGUUUUGUAUAUCAUUGGACAUAUUGCAUGUUAUGGUUCGUCAGCGUAUUUUGUUCACCAUUAAAUGUGUGAUCAAAUAUACAAUACACUUCGAGAAAA